CAUGAGUUCGAUUUUCACUCGAAACUCGGUUUUUUCUCUGUGCCUUCUGGUGCUAGAAUUUUCCUUCUUCCAAAUUAAAGUGUUACGUUUUGUAAUGCAGGAUAGGAUAAAGGAAAUUUUCUCAUGCCUGCUCAACCUCUGAACAGCUUACAAUGAAGCCUAUAUUUAUUGUACGGUUCUUGUAUGCUGUUCUAAGGAGGAGUGGGAAUUGGCUGUGACUGGUGUAUUUCGACGCUGCUCGCUGUAGAGCCUCCGGUAGCUUAAUGGUUAGAGCACCGAACUGAAACUUGGAGGGCCGUGAGAGAUCGAUUCUCACCUGGAACUGUUAUUAUUAUUAUUAUUAUUAUUAUUAUUAUUAUUAUUAUUAUUAUUAUUAUUAUUAUUAUUAUUAUUAUUAUUAUUAUUAUUUCUUUUUCCUGUUCUUUCUGGUGUUAGAGUUAUCCUUAUUCCAAAUAAAGGAAAUUUUCUCAUGCCUGCUCAACCUCUGAACAGCUUACAAUGAAGCCUAUAUUUAUUGUACGGGUUCUUGUAUGCUGUUCUAAGGAAAAGUGGGAAUUGGCUGUGACUGGUGUAUUUCGACCCUGCUCACCAUAGAGCGUCCAGUAGCUUAAUGGUUAGAGCAUCUGAAACUCGGAGGGCUGUGAGUUCGAUUCUUACCUGGAACUCGUUCUUUUUUUUCUCCUCUUCAGUUCUGUGCUUUCUCGUGUUAGAAUUCUUCUUCGUCCAAAUUAAAGUGUCACCUUAUGUAAUUAUCGUGUCAUUUUUCUUUUUUUUGGCUACACGCUCGAGUAAAGUAUGUUGGCAUGUGCUGAAAAAAAAAACACGAAAAUAACUAAAGCUGCAGUUCCCCGCGCUCAGAGCGUUAUUUCUAGUAAACUCUCAAAAAGUUUAGUUGCCUAAAAGCAUAUUAGUGGUACUACUGUUAAAAAUAACUUUGACGAAACCAAUAGAAUUAAAAUCUAAACUUCGACAUACUUUGCUUAGCUUUUACAAAUCUAUCGCGCCGUUUAUAUGCCGAAAAACCGAAAGAGGGUCACCGUCCUAGCCGAAUCAACUUUAGCUAGUGUUUAUAUGAGAAAAAUUGGACUCCUUUGCCCUGGCCAUAGUUAUUAGAGGAGACUGGUUAUGAAAAGCGGCAAACAUCAAUGAUAAAAACAACAGUGCUGCAGUUUAUGUUGGAAGCACCCUGAAAGUGCACAAUCCUUUGUUUUCUGUUGGCAAAUUGUUACGGAAUAAAUUAAUGCAACGUUUUGUAUUGGUCAAUACAAUCAAAAUGAUAGGAAUUCUUUUGAACGUUGUGCACUUUCAGGUCCACAAAAACAUAUAACAAAGGAGUCUGACGGGUUUCAUAACCAUUCCACUCAAUUAACUAUGCCCUGGCCAAGUACUGAUAAUAGCGCUCGCGCAUGCUCUCAUUGUCUUGUCUUCACCGAGUUGAUCCGGCUGGGCAAGUCAAAGUGUUUAUAUGGAGAAAGGUUUGUCCGCUUGGUGGGUUACCCGACCAUCGAAAAAGGGUGUCCCGCCAACUUGGUUUGGGCCUUAGACUGCGCUCAGAAUGGGCUUGCACAUCUAGACGAACCGAUGGUUAUUCUUGCAUGUAAUCUGUUCGCCCCCACAGUAAUCCCAGAAGACUGCUAGCAGUCUAUCAGAACACAUGGAAGUAUUUUUAGAAGUUAGUUUGUGAUAAUAAUGAUGAUGACGAUGAUGAUAAUGAUGACGACGAUGACGAUGAUGAUGAUAGACAACGACAACAAAGCACCAAGUGCAAGGGCUCUAAACUCCUACUUAAUAAUAAUAAUAAUAAUAAUAAUAAUAGUAAUAAUCAUGAUAAUAAUAAUGACUUUAUUUACCUGUCAAGCAAAAAAUCUAGCGGAAGGGAUUCCCCACUGCUAAUAGGGGACACCUAACUUUCUACAAUACAAUCUAAAAAUACAAAACGAAUUAAUAUAGAGUCGAAACUAGAAUCUACUACGGGUUAGAAUUAGAAACUACUAAUGAUGACGCACUAACAUAUAUACUACAAAAACUCCAUUUAUAAUUAUCAAAAUCCUAAAAUCUUGUGAUUAAAAUCGUAAUUAAGAAAAUUUAAAAUUACGAAUUGCAAAGGUAGCAGCCACUAGCAGCCGAUCUGUCCUUGCUUGGUAUGUUGCCCCAGAGUCCUGGACCUAGAUAUCGAAUUGAGUACUUUCCAUGCGUAACUGUGUUAAAACUAGGUUGAUAAAAAUAAACUUUUAUUGCAGAGUGAAAUAUUUGACAAGCUCCUUGAAGAAGCUGAACAAAUGCACAUCAAAAGAAAAGAGGCUACGGAAAUGUUGAAGGUAUUUGGAAAAUAAUGACUUUUAAAUGAGAAGUCGAUAGCAAAUGUGUUAAAAGUCAGGGGCCAUUUAGCAUUUUCUUGAGUGUAAGCCACUAUCGGAUUUGUUUCCUGAUAGUUUAGGGUUAAUUUCAAAAGAAUCUUUGGUGCUUUAUUGGUGGUGAAAGGUCAGCUUUUCAAUCUUCAAGUUUUAUGGUGGUAAAUCGAGUUGAUCAACCUAGUUAGUGAGACUAAAUGAAUUGAAGAGAGUUUAAAAUACGACGCGCCUUGGAGUGUUAUUAAGAAAUGAUCAAUUAAAUUUCGCUCAUUUUCUGUAGGGAUUACUAAUAAAAUUGAGGAAAAACUGAUCAAUAUUUUAUGAAAAACUUUAUUUGCUUUCUUUUUAAAGAACCUAGAGCGUGUCUUCACACCAGUUGAAUUCCAAAAAUAGUGGUAAAUCUUUCCUGUCCCCUGUUGCUAUGAAUGGCAAGGAUGGACAUUGGUUAAAACUUGAAAAAGUCGCGCCAACUUUUUCAUUGUUUUAAUGAUAUGCCUGCAAAAAAAAAAUCACCAAAACUUAUUUUGUUUAGUGCUCUCUGACAAGAUUUGUUUGAUUUCUUCUCAAAACUCAUUAAUAAUUCAUAAGAAAUACUAAGGAAAUUAAUGUUAAACGAGUGUUUGGAAAUCAGAUAAAAAAAAAACUGCUCAUUUUUGUAUCCUUAACUUCUCCUUCUAACAUCAUUUUGUUUGAGAAGUAAUCUCAAGCAUUCGACACAGUAUGAUGAAACACCUCGAAGUUCGUCAAAAAUACUCCGCUGCGCGUCGUAUUUUCAACUCCCUUCUCAGUGAGUGUUUCAUAUGGUGCUGAAACACUGCAUCUCAUGCUUGAUAUAUUACUUCAUAACUCCACAACAGCAUAAUUUGUUUGUAUGGGUGAAGGCACUAAUGACUUUAGCAGAAUUGACCUAGAGAAACAAUAUCCUCGAGACAUUGAGUCAUCGAGACAUCGAGUCUCGUCAGAUUAUAAUUUCUUUUUAACUAUUGGUACUUUUUAUCUUUCUGUAGGCUCUCCAAAGGGCAGGACACAUCAUUAGUGAAGUCAGAGAUACUCACAUCUGGUAGCCGGACAUAAUGAACUGAAAUUUUCAAGGAAAUGAAGUGAGAAAAAUAACGAAAACGAUACCGCUCUUCAUGUAUUUAAUAAAAAUCAAGUGAAUAUAUAGGAACAAUGUAUUCCCAAGAAAUGCCGAUUUUCCUGAACGAUUCAUUGGUGUUUUCACGUGAACUUUCUAUCCUAAUCCUUUUUUUUUUCCUUGAAACUGAAUCCGGCAAUCAAGACAAUCAAAAUGAACUCUUUUUUACUUCAACGUCUCUCUACCGCUUUGGUGUGUAAUUACUUUACCUAGAAGAAGGACUACCCAAAUUGU